AGGAGGAGGAGGAGAGAGGGUCUAGCUAGCCUCUGUUUUGUUUGACAACACUUUGAACGUCCACAGGAAGUUACUCCGCUCAGAAUCGCUUAGAGAGCCUUUAACUGUUAACCAAGAAGUUGGACCAAUUAAUACUAUCGGUUAGACGGUUUAAACAGAACAUAUAGCUAUAGACAACAAAUCUUAUAAACGGUAGCCUAUUCAGAACAGAACUAUAACGAAAAAUAAAAGAACAUGUCGCCUACCUCUCCAUUUCGGCACAAAUCCAAAUGUUUCCAUAUUCGUGAUUUGAAUGCUAAACUAUUAUUUAUUAUGUAAAUUAUAGGCUUUGUACUUCGCUCGCGUUCCAACAAUACAUCCUUCACAUGUGCUUUUUAAGUGAGUUGAUCAGGUGAGUUACCGAGCAAGCUUUGUUACAUCAAAAAAGCGAAACAUAUGGAGCUGGUUAAGCGAUGCAAAGUCCAAAAUAUAUUCGUUUACAAAUCGUGCACUUUGGUAAAAAAGCGUUUUGAAGUCAUAACAUAAUAUUGUGCAAGGAGACGUGAAAACGAGUCUUUAUUAAUGCAUAAUCUGACCCCGUGAUCAUAACCGUGUAUGAAAACGAUUAAAAGUUCAUUUCUGUUGGAAACUGCAGUGAUAUGUACGUAUUGGCACGUAUUUUGACGACUCGCUAAAAUGUUCCAACAGGUACGUCUUUCCUAUGAGACUAGGUUGCAACCGCUGUUUUCUUAGGGUCUGUUUCCAUGGUGAAUCAUCGAUUGAGAAUUGAGAAUGUCUUGUGUGUUAACCGGGAACAUACUCUGGGUUGGCUGAACUUACUCCUGGACGAGUUUUUGGAACCAGCAUACCUCAAGUAAGCAAGGUUUGGGUUAAUCAACCGAGAAUUCAGGGUAUAUGUGACGUUAAGAUAACCUUGCUUUCUGGAAUACCCCCCUGGGCCAUUUGGGGGUUUUCAGUUAUUAUAGUGAUUUUAAAAGGAACAAAACAACUGUGAUGAUGUCUCCAUGUGACCUCUAUCCAUUUAUUUAUUUUUACUUUUUAAGGGUUAUUUCCAAAUAUAUGCCAAUAUUUGUCACAGACACGCCAGGCUCUACACUCUCCCAAUCACAACGCACUCCCUCUCCUGAGUAUUAACAAGCCACACCUGACACGCAUUAGCACUCAUCACCACCGCAGCAUAUAAGACACUUCAGAGCAUUCAGGCACUGCCCGGUCUCGUUAACACGUACCUACCUGUUAUGCUCACCUCAAGGACUCUGCUAACCUCUACUUACCUGUAAAAACUGCUUCAUAAAAUACUGACCUAUGGAGAUUUAAAUGAAAUGAUUCCAGACCUUCAGCUUCAGUAAGUGACAAUUAAACGUCAAAUAAGGCAAUUAUUUGAUCUUUUCAAGUAAUUAUAGCUGUCUAACACAAAUCAGAUGACUUUCUGUGUCUUCUUGUCCUGCAGACGUGAAUCAGUGAAGAAAGAUGGAGUCUGUUUUAUGUGAAAAUCUUCUGGAUGCUCUGGAUGAUCUAGAAAAAGAUAAACUGAAGAGGUUUAAAUGGCACUUAGAGAAACAUUACUGUAUUAAAAAGACUGAUCUGGAGAAGGCAGACGCUCUUGACACAGUGGACCUGAUCAUGAGGUGUUUUGGACCAGAAAGAGCUGUGAAGAUCACGGUGGACAUCCUGAGGAAGAUGAACCAAAACCAUCUGGCUGAUAAGUUGGAGAAGCAACACAAGCAAGGAACUGAUCCCAGGACCAGGAAUGACUUCCUACAAUGUAAGUCACAGAGAAAACAAGCAGAUAAACUCACUGAGUGUGUUCAUGUUCUUCCUGGAGAAGGAGAAACUUUGACACAAAACACUGAUAAAUAAUGACAGACUCAUGAAAUACAGGGGAUAGGCUUUGUCUUUUUCUAUCAAAACUUGUCUUUCUGCAGCACUUCAUUAAAAGCACAGCUGUUUUGAUCUCUAUCAGAGACGCACAAACUUUUGAGUAUUAUUAUUACAGAGACCGAUCACACAUGCGCUGCACAACAGACACGGAGCACGUGAACAAAUGUGACGGAGGUGGUCUUUCUCCUCCGCUCUGUGAUGUGGUUUGUAUGAACACUGCGACAGACUCAGUCUCUGGCAGAACAAUAAAUGCAUGAACACAAAUGCUGGUUUAGUGUAUUACUGCGCUAUAUAAAUGUAAGGAAUUAUUAUUAUCAUCAUUAUUAUUACUUCUUUUUACUGCAGGCUGCAGAAAUACAAAGGCAUGAAACUCUAGAUGGCGCAGGCUAAUAGGUCCUUUAACACACCUGCUAAUUAUCACAUCAAUAUCUAUAGGUCACAGAUGAUUGGUUCCUGCUGUUUUAGUAGCCAAUGAGCUGCGUGCCUAAUCUUUAAAUACAUGAGUUAGCAUUGCUUAGUAGCGCAGCGUGCUUCAGAAUCAUCUAAGAUAAGUACAUGGGUUUUACACUAUAUCGCUGCAUUUUGCGUAGUCUGCUUUACCAGUUCUAUGUCAUAUCAACAGUCUGUUUAAUGCUUUGAGAGAAUUACUUAGCAUUUUAGCAGCUAGCGCAUAUGCAUGUGUAUAAUGAUACAGAGACAAGCUUGCUGAACUUAAACGGAAACAGGUUUCGCUUUGUAUCACAUUCUAACGAAGCUACAGCAAGUAUUUUGUGCAGCAGCAUGGAUAACAAUUCAGAUAGCAAUGGAGCGGAUAUCAACAACAUAACAUGGAACGCAGCAGACGUUGUGGUGCGUGCAGAGCUAAAGUUACCUGUUGCUAUUGAGUGAGAUGAGUUUGUGUCGGCUAAUGAGUGAUCAUGCAAUGUGAAUAUAUCAUGAUUAAAAUGCAAACAAUGUUUUCAUCUUAUUUACAUACUAAGUACAUGAGCAGCUGUAUUCGGAUUUUAUUGGGCAUAUACUUUUUCAUACUACAGGACGAACAGCGAUUUUGCAAGGUCGGUAAGUCAUUUACAUUAACACUGAAAUAUGGACAUUAACUGGACAUUAACACUGAAAUAUCAGGACACAAUAAAUGUGUGUUAAUGACUCAGAAUCACAUGAUGAAGUAAAUGUUGAAAUAUUGUAAUAAAUGUUGAACUCAUGUAUAUUGUGUCAUGUGGUGUCGUUAUGAGGAGCAGGAGUGACACUUACAGAUUUAGAUCCACUAACCCACUGAAAAAUAACAUCAACAAUCAAUUCAUCAAUUUAAUCAUUCAAACACAAAUGGACAUUUUUACACGCAUCAAUAAAUACACACAUUUAAAACUGUU